AUGUUGGGAACAUAUUUUGACACCUCCAAUAAUUUAAGGACCAACUUGACAGUUCUUAUUGGCCCCACUGUCGCCGCCGCCACCAUCACGACGACUGCAUUUGGUGAGCAGGAGAAUGGUUUUGGUAGAUUCGAAAUACUGGAUGAAAAAGACCCUAACAUGGUGGAAAUUGGCCAGUUUGUCAUUGAUGAACACAAGAAGUUGGAUAAUGCCACUUUGCAAUUUCAAAGUGUCGUCAAGGCUUUACGUGCCAUCUUGAAAUACAUUCUCGUCAUCCAAGCAGAGGAUGGGACGACUUCCAAGAAGUACAGGGUCAUAGUCGAGGAACAAGGGACCCAAAAGACUCUCAAUGACUUUGAGGAAACAUAG